AAUGCGAGGCUAUUUCAGAUGAGUCGUCAAGCUCCGUUGUCUUGUAGCGGCCACACACGGCCUGUCGUCGAUUUAGAUUUCAGUGAUGUAACACCGGAUGGCUCAUUCCUGAUUAGUGCUUGCAAGGAUGGCAAGCCAAUGCUGCGACAGGGUGAGACGGGCGACUGGGUAGGAACGUUUGAAGGUCACAAGGGUGCCGUCUGGGGGGCAACGUUGAACAGAGAGGCAACCAGGGCUGCAACCGGAGCUGCUGAUUUUUCGGCAAUGGUGUGGGAUGCUGUUACUGGUGACGUUCUUCACACGUUUAGCCAUAAGCAUAUUGUGAAAGCAGUCGAUUUCUCUAGGGAUAGUGCUCUUCUUCUGACCGGGUGUCAAGACAAGAUUGUUCGCGUGUUUCGACUGGAAAGUCCUGAUGCAGAACCUGACAUUCUUCAGGGUCACACUCUGCCUCUAAAGACUGUCCUGAUCAGUCACGACCAGUCACUUGUGUUUAGUGGGAGUGAUGACAAGGAAAUACGUGUUUGGGAUUUGAGACAGUUGAGGCAGGUACAAUCGUUAACUACAGGAGCGGCGGUCUCAGAUAUACAGUUUUCUAAAGAUGGAACAUUAUUGGUAGCAGUACAUGGAAAUGAAGUGUCUUUCUGGGAUACAUCAAGCUUUACAAAAAUCAAGUCAACAACAUUUGCAACAAAACUUUACUCGGCAUCUCUUCAUCCCGACAAGACGUGUUUUGUUGCAGGCGGAGAAGACUUAAAAAUGUAUAAAUACGAUUACGAGCUUCUAUCCGAAAAAGAGUCCUACAAAGGUCACUUCGGUCCCGUUCACUGUGUCCGCUUCUCACCAGAUGGCGAGCUGUACGCAUCAGGUUCAGAAGACGGGACCCUUCGCCUAUGGCAAAACACAGUCGGAAAAGCCUACGGCUUAUGGAAAGCAGCCGAAACAGAGGACACAUCUGGUGACACAUUAUUGUAGUGACUUAGUCCUAAUAUAGUAUGACGUCAUAAUCAUUCAGAAAUUGAAAUAGAAUUACAGAUUUCUUUAUAAAAGUU